AUGCCACCCCGCAAAGGGCAACAGGCGUCUCCCGUGCGGCCAUUAUCUGGUCGUACAGUGGCUCCAUCACCAGCUAGAAGUACUAAAAGCGUUACCAGUAAGAGGGGUGUACAUGAGGAGGAUUGGGAAAACGAAAGUCUGCUAAGCACAUCCUUCAAAGUACCCAACUCACGGUCUUCAAAGGUAGCGGCAGCCAGUAGCUUUCUGACUCUGAAGGACACCAGCGUCAAUGUAGCUGCGGCUUUUCAUGCCGCACAAACAGGUCAAUCAAUACCCACACCGACCUCAGAGCGAGGACCGACCUCUCGUGCCAAACCUCCUUCAAAGCCCGCCCCGCAACGAGCCCAAAGAGCCAAAUCACCUGCGGAACAGAUCGCGUCGGCCGCCCGAGCUCUUUCUCCCGUCAGAUUCUUUCUACGCCCAACCGACAACGGCGACAGUGAGCUUUCUGGCGAAUAUAACAGUUUUUCUUCCCUCGCAACUGGAAACCAUUCUGGCGAAACUAGCUAUGACUAUCGUCAGGAAGAGGAAUAUGUCAAGGCGGCUCAGGCAGCGAAAACAAGUCCAUCCAAAGGACCCAGACAUUCAGAUUCCAAAAGGCGUGGGAGACUGGCGGAGGACAUGCCCUAUCGGCCUGAUGAUGAUGGAUCCGAAUACGAAUCGGAGUACUCCGGAGGUGAAGGAGAGGGACUGGUGAAAGCAGGUGCCUUGGACGGACGCGCAGAGACACGAGGGAAAAGGAAGGAGAAAGGUGAAGGGUAUUUGGGAAUGGGUCUCGGGUUCCAACCUCGUGUACGAAGGAAAAGCAGAAAGAGCGGUGGUGGAGUAUACAGCGAAGAGGAUGAGGAUGAAGAGGAGGGAGUAGAUGAUCCCGAUGACCGAUCUGAUCACCGUCAUACUCCAAUGAUUGAGGUUCCUCCGACCAACAAUCAUCAACGAUCACCAACCCCCGCCCAGCUAUUACGAGCCUUGUCUCCUCGCAUCGACCGGCUCUCACCCGGCCCAUCUUUCCACCCACGUCGAAGACAACCGUCAUCCAUACGCACCAUCAUCACAAAUGUACUACAUGGCGUCGCUCUCAUGCUGCGCUUCCUCGUCGAAGCAGGAUCAUCAUUCUUGAAAAAUUCAACCGUGAAACCCUAUAGAUUCGUCGCAGGAUCAAGUAGAAGUAUUUUAAGUCAAGUGUGGAGGGAUUGGUGGAAAUGGGUAGGAGCCAUCUUCGCUCUCAGCAUAGCUUUGAGAAUCUUAAACCAUCCUUGGCAUUCGAAGGCGAAUUUCACGGCUCCUGAUACUCCUCCGACUUCCAUUGAUGAGCUCAUACAUCGACUGACUUCUCUCGAGCAUGCUCUAUCAACUCUGUCCACUACUUCUCACGAUAUGAUCGGUAGACAUGAGGAAGGUCAGCGCCAUGUUAGCAAGUUGGACGAGAGGGUCAUUGAGUUGAAAAGCUGGACUGCACGCGAAGUACAGCAAGUUGCAGGAGUUGGACAGGGAAAUCAGAAAGAGGUUCAGGAACUUCAACAGGGAUAUAACCAGCUCAAAGCUGAGGUCGCUGGAUUGGGCAAGCGAAUGAUUGCAAGCGAGGAAGGGCUCUCGAAAGCGCAAAACUCUUUGAAAUCACUCGACUCCCUUGAUCGUGAAGUACACUUGUUGAGAGCUCGAGUCGAUAACGUGGAGAUCGGCCUCAAAGAGGCACUAGAUGAUGGCCGUCUGCUUAACGUCAUAGAACGCAUUCUGCCAAAGACCAUGCCCGUCAAGAUGAACUCGAGAGGGAGUGUAGACAUCGAUCCCAUCUUCUGGACCGAAAUGAAAAAGGUGUUGAUUGGAAAAAGCGAUGUGGAGGGUGUCGUGAAGAACGUCUUGAAAGAAUCUCCUCGUGCAGCGAGUGAUCAAGCAGAGCUCGACAGCUGGGCAGAACGACUUUUCGAAAAGAAAGCUGCCUCUGGUGUCAUUUUGUCUCGAUCGGAUUUCUUAAAGGUUCUCGAUAGCGAAAUGGCGGAUCUCAGACAUCAAAUCGAAGCCUUACCCCGAAAUGCAAAGACGGAUACUAGGGCAAAGUCAACUGUGACCGUGAAGUCUGCCAAAGGCGACGAUCUUACAAGCAUUCUUCAACAACUUAUCGAUGCUGCUCUUCUAAAGUACUCCAAAGACGUCAUUGCGAAACCCGACUAUGCUCUUUUCACUGCUGGUGGCCGAAUCGUCCCAUCUAUCACGUCCGACACUCUCGUCCUGCAUUCACCAUCAACCUUCGGGAGGAUCCUCUUCGGACGCAAAGAUGUCGAAGGAAGAUCGCCGGCCACAGCAAUCCAUCCUGAUAAUGCCGUUGGAGAAUGUUGGCCUUUCAAGGGCAGUCAGGGUCAGUUGGGAGUAUUGUUGACACGUCGUGUGAUCAUCACGGAUAUCACAGUGGAACAUGCGGCUAGUGAACUAGCGCUUGAUAUUUCAACAGCUCCUAAGCUGGUGCAAGUGUGGGCUGUCGUCGAAGGGGAGCAAAAUAAAGCGAAAUUGAUGGCGUAUCACGAAUCAAGAGGAACUGAAUCCCCAUCCGUUGAUAAUUUGCUUCUCACCGAAUUCACAUACGAUCCCAAUUCCCCAUCUCCGAUACAGACGGUUCCUGUAUCACCAGACAUCGUAGAGCUCGGGAUCGACACUGGUAUCGUCAUCUUCAAGAUUGAGAGUAAUUGGGGUGCGGACUUUACUUGUUUGUAUAGAGUACGUGUGCAUGGGGAAGCAUCAUGAUGUGGCAGGUUAAGAUAUCUCAAAUUAGCAAAUUAGCAUCUGGAAAGAAAUGGCGAUAUGUGUAUAAUGGUUGCCAAAUGCAUUUAAAAAAAAAAAAAAAUACUCUU